GCCAACGCCCAGACCCCCGUCCAUGGAACAUGAGCAACAUCUCAAGCCAGCAUUUCCAGCAUCUCUCACGAAAUAAUACCCAUCUAACAACACUACACACGGAUAUUCCUUUCUAAUCACUUUAAUACCACAACGCAAUGGCUUCGUCGCGGUCGCCCUCACCGGCCGUCUCGGCGAGACGAUCCAACUCCAACUCCCCACAACUCACCCCCAGGUCGAAGCUGCGGAAGAUGCUCGCAGCCAUUGACAGCUCAGACGAAGAGUCCAGCGGAACCACCAGACUUUUUAGGCCAGCCGCAAGGCCAGCAAGACCCAUCAGCAAAAGUCCAACACCUCAGGCCGACAGCAGCGAUAGCGAUGACGAAGACAUCCUCCGCCCCCGAGGGCGCCUGGCAGCUCGUAUGCAGGCCGCCUCAGCCUCAGCCUCUCUCGAGGACACUCAUACGUCCCCCAAAGCCCCCACCAUAUCGACGCCCGAAGUCGACGCACCUCCUACGGAACAGGCCGACGAAGACGAGGAUGAGGAUGAGGUCAUGACUCGGCACCCCAGGCGGCAGAAGCCCGCCAAGGCCCAAACGCCGACCAGGCAACGGAGCCCCGCAAGCCCGGCCGCUUCGUCGCCGGAUAUGUUCGUGACGCCCUCAAAAGACAGGGCAGCAUCACUCGCAGCUGGGUCCCCAUUGGGCUCUGGUGACGAGGGCGAGCUGCCCGAGGACCCUACCAAGAGCAAGCGCUUCCGGGCUCGCCUGCUCGAGCUGCGAGAGAAGCGCGUCCGCGAGGCCGAGGAGAAGGCCAGGAGAGAGGCAGAAGAGAGGGGCAACGAGCCCACCCCCGUCGACAGCUUCAUCAACGACGAAGAAGAUGGUGGCCUCACUGACGACGAGGGCGGUCAUAAGCUUACUCAGGAUGCCCAGGGUCGCCCCUCCGCACGCAAGGCGAGCAAAAAGGCUCUUGAGGAAAUGCACCGUGAAACGCAGCGCCUCAACAGAAAUCUCCAGCUGGCACACGAGGCCAAGACCAAAACAAAGGUCACCAAGGCGUCGCUCUUUGAACGUUUCAACUUCAAACCCGCUGGCGCCGCGGCAGCCCCCGAACUUCCCGCCGCCGCUCCGGCCAACUCGAGCCGCCCCUCAUCUCCAGUCUCGGUUCAACAUACGGAUGCCGAGAGGAAGGAGGACGACACGCCACCGAGCUCUCCUCCCACGGCCCAGAAGGACGGUGUCGAGGCCAAGGAGGAUGCGCCUGCCCAAGUGACCGAGAAUAUGCAGGCUGAGAUCAGUGGGGUGACCGAGGUUCGCUUCUCGAAGCUGGACAAAGGCAAAGACAAGGCUACGGCUGCCGAUCUGGAAAACGAGGAACCUGUCCUCAAGCGUCGCCAGUUCCGAGUGACCCUACCUGCAGUUCAAGCCAGCCUGGUCACCAUCGACGACGAUGAAGAGCAACUGGUCGUCGCGCAGAAGACCAAGCUCGAUGCCCUCUUCGACCGCGUACCCGCCCGCCGCCAGGAGACCGACCAGUCCCUCCAUGCGCUGCGCAUCCUAGCCCAGAUUGGAGGCGGCUCCGAUAGCAAAGACGGCGUUGCGGCGGGCCGCCGUGGCAUGAAGCAGUUGACCGAUAACGCCAUGACGGCAGGGGAACUCCAGGCCAGUCUGCACAGGCGCGCCCGUGAGCAAGCGCGUCUUGAGCGGGAACGACGCCUGGAGGCGCUACGUGCCAAGGGCGUGCAUGUGCAAACUGAGGAGGAGCGCGAACAGGAGCUCAAGGACAUCGAAGACAUUGUGGCGCGUGCCAGGCGCGAGGCCGACGAGAUCAUGCUUCGCGAGAAAGAGGAGACUAAGAAGGAAAGAAAAGAGUCCGGUGUCGUCGACCCUCUCGCUUGGGACGAUAGUGACGACGGCGAGGACGGCGACUACCAGGACGCAGAGGAGCAGGAGGUGGCCGAAGUUGAGCUAUCUGGUUCCGAAGAUGAGGAUGCCUUGAUGGCCGAUGGUGAGGAUGAGGAGGAGGGGGAAGAGGACGGCGCCAUGGAAGGCUUGGUCGACGAGCAGGCGGACUCCGCAGACGAAUCUGCCGACCACGAGUCCGAGGAUGACGAUGCCGAUGAGGAUGGGGGCGUGCCACUAACCAAGCCGAAAUCGCGUCGCGGCAAGAAGCAAGUUACUGUCAUCUCGGACGACGAAGAUGACAGCGACAACGAAGCCCCAACGCCGAAGCCCCGCGCUGUAGAAGCCACACCACAACCCAAAGCCGCCAUGUUCAGGUCUCCAUCUACCAGGGAACGGCGGUCGCCACAAGAGCCCACAUCCGUUCUGCGUUCGGCCACCAAGACUUUCAUCCCAGGCUUUCCGGUGAAGAUGGGGGAAUCGGCCGGUCUUGGCCUAACCCAGAUCUUUGCUGGCACUAUGGACGACAGCCAGCCCAACCUUGCUACAGGAUCUCCCUCGCAGCCGAUGCCAACAUUUGAGGACUUCCAUGGUCCGAACCUGUCUCAGUCGCAGCAGGACGAGCUUAUCCUGAACAGUCAGCCUACACAGAUGACGCAACUCUGUGAUAACGAGACGCAGGCUGUGCAGCUGAACCUUGCCCAGUCACAGGCUCACGGUCUAGACAGCCUCAUGCGGGACGAUGUUUCCGCCACUGCCACGCAACAAUCCGACUGGCUCGAGCCCACCCAGGACGAGGGUUUCCAGCACCGUUCGCCCCUGAAGAGGCGUUUCAUCGAGGAUGAUAGGGAGACUCCUGCCCCUUCAGCCAUCAUGGACUCUACCCUCCCCGAAACCGUGAUCCAGAGCUCCCCCCUGGUUCGCAAGGGUAAGUUUCGCCGCAAGAUUGCAGUUCCUGACGACACCGACCACGACCACAUGGGUGACGCUGAGGAGCCUGUGGCUGCCGCGGCAGACGCGUUUGACGUUCUGAACAAGGCAGCCGUCAAGGAGAAACAGCGCAAGCAGCAAGAGGAGUUUGACAGGAAGAAGAGCAAGGCCAAGGAGAUGUUCGAGGAGCAGGCCGAAGAGUCUGAAGACGAGUACGCCGGCCUGGGCGGUGCCGACGGCGAGGACAGCGACGACGACGGACAGGACGUCGAGGGCAUGAUUGAUGACAAGACUGGCGUCACCGAGUCGGACAAGGCCAAGAUCGCUGCUCUCUAUGCCGACCGCGAGCGGGCCAGCGACGAGAAGCAGGUCGAGAAGCUCUUCCGCGACAUUACGACGGGCAUGCUCCGACGCAAGCGUGGCAACGACUACGACCUCUCGGACGACGACGAUGGCGGCGAGGCCCGCAGGCGCAUGAAGCGUAGGCAGUUUGCCAAGAUGCAGAAGGCUCUCUUCGCCGACGAGCGUGUGUCUAAAGUGGCCGAGAACCCGCGCACAUCGGCAUUCAUGCGCACAAUCGAGGAUCGCGGCAGCGAUGACGAGGAUAUGGACGACCUCCUUGUUAUACAGCCGGCGAAACCAGAGUCGUCAGAGGAGGACAGCCAGGAGACUGCAGAGGAUUCUAUCCCCGACAGCCAGCCGAAGCAGCAGCAAGCUAUGGCACCCCCUCCUCGCCUCCCGGGGCCCCAGCGCCGCACUGUGGACAGCAAGAAGCCUUCCAACCUAGGCGAGAUCCGCGAGUCGCUAUCCAAUCUGCUCGAGGACCAGAGAUCGAUGAGCAUGAUCUCAGCCACUGAUGUCGGCUCCGAUAGUGAAGGAGAGGACAGGGUACCAGAGAGCAGCAACAAGGAGAACCAGAACCCGCGACGCCGCGCGACCGUGGCCGUGGUGGAUCGCAUCAGCCUCAAACGCUCGGGGUCUUCCACCAGCGACGCCUCGGCCCCUGGCGGUCUUAGGCGGACGGGCUCGGGCUCGAGGGCCGCCUUCGUCAUGACCGGCGGCGGCUCGGGCUCGUUCAAGGUACCGGCGCUGCUUCGGCGCGCCACGAGCAACUCGGUCGCCUCGAUAUCCUCGUCGACCGCGUCUUCCACUGGCGUCACUAGCGGCCCUGCCGCCGCGGCUGCUGGAGGCGGCGGCGGUGCCGGAUUCGGGGAGGACGCCAAGAUCAAGAAGAAUGCGAGCAAGCGGUCUGGCAUCAACUACUUUGCGCGCGAGACGGAACGGCUCGCGGUGCUGGCGGAGAAGGAGAAGCGGCGCGAGGCGAGGAAGUGGAAGGGUGCCGAGGGAAGGAGCAAGGUGGUCGGCGGCCUGUUUUCGGCCGGCAAGUUUGAGUGAUUGCUGGUAUUGUUUCUGCGGCGUAGGGAUAACAGGGCGUCUUUUGCUUGGACUUUAGUGCCUGGCUGCCUGGCUGGUGUUUAUUUGGCGAUUUUACUAUAACGCAUGUACAUGCGCACCUCUACUAUCAUGUCAGGAUAUGGCUGGGUUGGUGGUGUCUCUAGUCAACGACAGCCAGGCUCUAGGUCAUGAUAGCAUCUUGAGUUACCCUCUCAAUAUUCGUUCGCUAACCUUGUGGGUACAUGGUAUCGGGCUUCCAGUCAGGUAUUCUCACUUCAAAUCCCUACCUUUCAGCACUUGACCU